GAAUGCGUCUGGCGCGGUUAGAUGACAUCAUCAAAGCGCGUCGCAUCAUGCAUGUGGAGCAGUGUUGCUAAAUUGAACAGCUUGAUAAGUUUUAUUCUCUCAGGUUGUGUGACAGCCUAAAGUCGGAUCCUGCAGCGUUAAAGUUCUCUAAAGAGGUUUCGUUCCUGGCUGAAUAAGAAGAGGAAGAGCUCGGCUUCUCUUUUAAAUGCAGCUGGUUAGCUUCCUGCAAAGAGCAGCAAACAAGCACACAGCUAGUUAACACAGCAGCAUUAGAAAGCACCCCUGCUCUGUACAGAUGGCUGAGGACGGAGUGAUUACUGAGUCUGCAGCCACGAAGGAGGGUGAAAACGGAGAAGCUGCAGCAGAAAAAGACCAAAGUCUGUCCAAAAGACAGAAGAAGAAACUCCUGAAGCAGCAGAAAUGGGAGGAGGAGAGGGAGCUCCGAAAGCAGAGACGAAAGGAGAGGAAGCAGCAGCGUCGGGAGCAGAGGCAGAACAACCCAGAGGAGGGAGGAGAGACUCAGAGUUUCAAGAAACGACCUCGCAGGGAGAUUACGCCCAGCACACUGAGGCUGGUGGUGGACUGCGGCUUCGAUGACCUCAUGCUGAUCAAGGAUGUCCGGAAGCUUCACAAACAGAUCCAGAGGUGCUAUGCUGAGAACAGACGAGCCUUACAUCCUGUACAGUUUUAUCUGACCAGUAUGGGCGGACAGCUGAAACAGAGCAUGGAUGAGAAGGACAAAGGAUGGGUGAACUGGAAGGAUAUCGACAUUAAAUCAGAGCACUACAGCGACCUUGUGGCGAAGGACGAGCUGGUUUACCUGACGUCAGACUCUCCAAAUGUCCUGGAGGAGCUGGACCAGAAGAAGGCCUAUGUAAUAGGAGGACUGGUGGACCACAACCACCAUAAGGGGAUCACAUUUGAGAAGGCGAAGGAGCUGGGGAUCGAGCACGCACAGCUUCCUCUCAGCAGUUUUGUGAAGAUGAACAGUCGGAAGGUUCUGGCAGUCAACCAUGUGUUUGAGAUCAUCCUGGCGUACCUGGAGAAGGGCAGCUGGAAGGAGGCCUUCUUCACCGUCCUGCCUCAGAGGAAAGGAGCCGUGGCCGUCGAUCAGGACGGAGCGAACACUCAGGGAAAAGGGGAAGAAGAGGAGGAAGACUCAGACUCUGAUUCUGACGCACCAGAACAAAUUGCCAAAGACUCUAAACCCUAGUUCAAACGGACAACUCCAGAGAUCAGAUAUAUUGAUGCUGAGGCUCUUCUCUGAGAGGAGAUGCUUCUGUUAAAGCAUCUGUUUAUAAUUUCAAAAUGCCUUUCUUAUGUCAGAUAUUUAUUGAAAGUUUUACUUUGUGCCUCCUUUAAUGGGUAUUAUUUUAGUUUGAAUACAAAUGUUGUGUUUUGCUUUAAGUUUCAGCAGAUUAUACCGUUAUUACACUGAAGGAAAUGAUUUAAACUUGCUUUUUUUAUCUUAAUUUCUUGAAGCGUAAAUCCAAAGCUGUUAAAGUUGAUCUGAAAUAUUCAUUUAAAAGACAAAGUUAAAACAUGACUGUGCUUGUCACUGCUCUUCAAUUUCCUGAAACAUUAAGACUUUUCAUUCUUUCUUUAAA